AUGCAAAAUGAUGCUCGUAUCAGAGGUCAGGAUACCGACGAAGAGUGCUUUGACCAAGCUAAUUACAUCACAUGCACGUCUGCGUCCGGAUACAAUCCGUCAGUCUGUGACUGCAAACGGAGAUGGCGUUGUUAUAUAAAAUUUAAUAUCACUAAAGUUCCAGACCAUCCAGAUACCGGAGUUGACCCAAAUGACGUUUUCAGAAUCAACAAUGGACUGAUUGGUCCAACUAUUAUCGCAAGAUCCAAUGCAGUUUUAGUGGUUGAUGUUUUUAAUAACAUCGUUGGUGCUCCGGAUGAUGAUGAUGUUUCAAUGCAUUGGCAUGGCAUGCAUCAGGUUGGUGUUCCCUGGAUGGAUGGAGUUGGUUAUGUCACACAGUGGCCCAUACCUCCCGGUGGAAGGUUCAGGUAAACUAAAGUAUAUAUUAAGUUGGUAAGGCAUACCAAUACACCCUUUCGGAAAGUACGUCACUUUGGCUAUAGAGCCUCGUUUUCGUACAUGUGACAUUAGGUAUAAACCCAACGUUUCAAACACAAAAACAAGGCUCUAUAGCUAAUGUGACGUACUUUCCGUGGAGGCGUGUAUUGUAGACACUAUCCUAUAGAUGAAUAUCGUUGCCAAUAGAGGUCAUCGUUGAGGGAAAACGCGCGGGGAGGGAGCAAAUGUAUCCUUUUAAUAUAAAUCAAACAAACAAUUACUAGUAAACAAGUUAACAACGCUGAAUAAGAAACGAUACAAACUGUGCAUGUGUGUGAUUCUUGAAUACGCUAUAGGAGUGUCGAAGGAUUUUACCGACGAAUUGAGCUUCGAUGUUAAAAUUAAACUUAAGUCAGUCAUUAUGAUUGCAAUAAUGGUAUCUCUAAAUUUGUAAAAAGCAAGGGAUCUGGAUUCUGGUUUUUCCCCAAGAAAAAUUUAAAUUUGUGAAGUUCGAUAACCGGAUUACUGGCCUGGAGAUAAUUCACUAAAGAAUUUCGUCAUAUUGACACACUCCAAUUCCAAUGCUUCGCAACUUCCUGAAUACAUAUCAAUUAAAAAGUACCUCUCUAUAUCUAGAAUAUAUUCCGCCCUUGCCCGCUUGUUCCGGCGUUUUUGCUCACAUUACACCAAAUAUUGUUCACCAUUUCUUAGAUUCUGUCGAAUUAUGGCUUUUUAAGACAAUGCUCGGAGAGGCCAAAUCGCUUCAUUGAUUCUAACCGCAAUCUUGAAGAAUGUUCCAGGCUCGUGGUCUGAGUAUUUUGGUUUGAGCUAUUUUGUCCUGACUAUAGAGCUUCCAUACUUUCUACGAGCUUGUGUUUGAUGCAACUAUAUGACCCGAAAAUACAAGAACAAACUUCGAGGUUUCGAGCGAACCUUACGUGUUAUCUAUAGUAACCAUAAGGCAUAUAAGUUAUGUGAUUUUCAUGGUAACUGUUAUGAACACACAUUAGCCCUUACCCGAUAUGUCUAUUUAAUAUUUUUAAUUUGCUACUUCGAAAUUAUUUUCAAAAAAAUCCCGGUAGAAACCAAGUUGUAAUUAUAUCAUAUUACAGAUAUAUCUUCCGAGCUAAGCCGUCAGGAACGCAUUGGUAUCAUUCCCAUAUGCGCUCCCAGAGAGAUAAAGGAAUGUAUGGUGCGUUGAUCAUUCGUGAAAAUAAGAGAGACAUCUACCACCCCAACAAGCUUGGUCGUUUUAGAGAUGAACCAGAUAAAAAAACUCUAGCAAUAAGAGAGCACAUGAAACAAGAGACCGCGGCUGACCCCGUGCCGUGUUUUCCAGACAAUUCCGAAAUGCCGGAUUUAGAUGAAAUUUUGGAAUGGUUUCAAAUAAAUGGUUACAAGCUGGAUAGUAAAAUAGACGAAGAAAAUGUAAAACCUUUUUUCAAUGUACAACCUGGGGAAAAUUAUCGUUUUCGCCUCAUUGGAACUAUGUCGCAGACAAUCCUUCGUUUUUCUAUAGACCAUCACAAGUUGUACGUUAUAUCGACUGACGGUUACCUCACACGGCCGUUUGAAACUGAUGUCUUGAUUAUGCAUGUCGGAGAGCGAUACGACUUCAUAUUGAAGGCAGAUGAUAGCGUUGAACCAGGAACAGUCUAUCCAAUUCGAAUUGAAUCUGUCGCGGUACGUUGUGAUGAUUUCAGUAAACCAGAACGCCUUGGGUUUGCAUAUCUUAGAUAUACUAAAGGCAGUUCUGCAGAAACAGUAAUAGUCAAUGAACAUAAAUCUCGUUGCUAUACUGGCGGUUGUACAGCAUUGAAUUGUCCUUUUAAGUCAUAUCCCAAAGGCGCAAGCGAUGUUACCUUGGAGUGCCAUGAUGUGUACGAUGUACUACGUUUGCUCUAUCCAACACCGAAUACCGACAUCCCAUCAGCAACAGAUAUAUCUUUCGAGGGAUUCUUCAACGUCGGUAUAAAAGGACAAGGAGUUGCAACUGUUAAUGGUAUAAAAUUUAAACAAGCCUCGGAGCCUUUGGUGCAGUCUCACUAUAAUAAUCAAACCCUUGAUGAGUGUAAAUAUCAAGACACCCUUGAAUGUGAAUCUAACCCAACACCUUCAUGUCCACAUACAGUUCACAUUCCAAAACAACACAAGAUGAAAACGAUACGGUUUGUCUUUUCAUCAAUUUCUUCCGGUGGCUCACUUUCGUCAAUCAGAACACAUCCAAUGCAUAUGCACGGUCAUUCAUUUUUUGUGGCAAAAAUUGCUUACCCUAGUUAUGAUCACAAUGGGACAAUCGUAAGCCAGACUGAAGAUCUAACAAUACCGAAUUGUGGACCAGGAACGUGGAAGGACGAUGUGCAACCAGAAGGAAUACGAGUGGACAGUGAAACAAUCCGCAAAGAUGUUAUCAUAAUUCCUGCGGGAGGAUAUGUGGUCGUUGAUUUUCUGGCAGAUAACCCGGGCUGGUGGUUUUUGCAUUGUCAUAUUGACGUUCACCUUUCAAAUGGAAUGGGGAUCGUGGUUGGAGAACUUCCUGAAUGUCAGAACCCUCCACUUCCAGACUUGAUGGAACAGACGAACA